AUGAAUAUUAAUCAAAAUUUACAAAUUUCUCCAUUUCAAAAUUCAAAUCAUUAUCCAUCUAGAAUGUAGGCAUUUUAUAUAUCUAGAACUAUCAUUGAUUAGAUCUCUCCCAUUAAAGAUAUUAUACCCCAAUAUCCAAAUAGACCUAGUCAAAAUUACACAAGAAAUAGUGCUAGAGAAAAACCUUAAUUGAUUACAACCAAAUCACAAACUUCUAUUAAAUGUGAAACUAACAAAAUUAAAAAAAAAUAACUCUUCAUAGAAGAAGAACAAGAACCUCCUAAUAAUAUUGCUUAAGCUAUAAAUCUUUUAGAUUCAUUAAAACUCAAAUAUGAUAAUGUUCUUGAAUCAAAAAUUGAAACUAUUAUUAGUAUUCUUAGAGCAUAAGUCUUUGAUAAAGAAAAUUGUCAUCCUGAUUAAGAAUUAAUAUAGUCAAUAACCUCUUUAUAAUUAACAAAUAAAAAGCUUUAAAAUGAAUUACAAUUCAAAAAAAAUUAAAUAUCUGAGUUAGAAUUUACUAUAAAUAAAUUAAAUAUUUAGAUUAAAUAACUAUAAUAAACAAAUCAUAAUUUAAAUAAUGAUAAUUAAAAACUCUUAUAAUAAUUAAAGUAAAAAGAAUAAAAAUAAGCAAACAUUUCUAUAUUAUAAACACAAGAGAAUUUAAAAAAUUUAGAGAUUGCUUCUCAAUUUCAAUAAGAUUAAUAAAUUUAUUAUUAAAAUACAGGGUAAAUUGCCAAAUAGAUAUUCGAAUAAACAAGUAAUAUUUUAUUAUUAUAGUUUAGUUAUACCAUAUUCAAGAAAAGAUAUAGAAUAAUAAUAAUAAUAAUCAAUAAAAGUGAAUGAUAAUAAACAAUAAAAAAAAUAAAUUAAUAUUGUAGUUUAAAGUAAUAAAUAUUUGGAAAUCAAACACUAAAACACAAAUAAAUUAAAUGAAAAAUAAUAAAUCUCAAUUUGA